AUGACGACUUCGAAUACAUUGAAGCUCAAGUUAGGCCCUUUCCGGGUAGCGACGUCGAUCUUCCUGGUCAAUGUCAUGCCUUUCGGUCAUCGAAAUGCCACAUGCCUACUCCGUGUCGAGCGCCCGAACGUCUGCGGAGGUCGCAUUGACGUAUCAAUUGGCCACCCUGACAUGCCCAUCAAACUUCUUCCACGCUCGGCUAAAGACCGUCGUAAACUACGUUUCGCCAUCCGCUACGGGAUGAAAAAAGGCAAGACAAUCCGCUUCUGCGCACCAAACACUACCGUGUACGACCACUGGAUCGCUGUCCUCUGUGAAGCCUUCGGAGGAAGUGCAAAAGCUGCGAAGCGAUCGAGCACCAAAACGGACAGUGCCAUCGAUCAUGACGGCUACAACGACAUCGACAUCCAGGAGGCAGUCAUCACUAGUGAUGAUGAGUCUAUGCGUGGGCAUUGUGGCUCCUUUACCAUUGAUCCACCCGACACGGAUUAUAACAACACUUGUCGCGAGCAUGUCAAUGUUGUUACGGACAUGGACACUUGCAGCAGCAGUAGCAGCAGUGACAUUAGCGGCAUUUACCAGACGCCUAUUGCUCGUAGCGAUGCACCUUGGUCGGUGAUCGAGAAGCCAAGAGGUGCACUUGAACAUCCUGAUGUCUGCAAUGAAGACAACACCAGUACAGACACUUCGACAAAGCGACAGCCAUCUCUCACCCUGGCAUCGAAGCCAGUGUCCUCAACGUCGACUGAUAAAGACGACGAAAACGUCUACGACACUGCUACUAACACCUGCGAGGCAGCACUUAAAUUUACGCGUGUGCCUCUACAAGAUGCGUGUACGACGGACCACGGUCCUCGGAUGGAUAAGGCGUGCGACUUGUCGUCCGUAGAGUGGCUCCAUCGGAUCAUCCGCUAUCUUUGUAACGGUGAAUUGGUGUCGGGGUGUUUUCGCCUCACCGACACAAGCUGCAACCGGCUGCAGCCAACAGAUGUGAAGAGUGCCGUGCAGUCAUUCAUCAUGCGAUGGCUCGCUAUUCUCCAACAACCUCUUGCCUGCAUCGGUAUCAGGUUGCGUACUUGCCACCACGACGCCUUCUGUCGUACAUGUCUCUAUCUUUAUCGACGAUUUCGUUGCUAA